AAGAAACCCCCCAAGAAGCUCUCGCCAGUUCCUGAAGCCCGGCCAGCACCACCUCCACAGCUUAAACCGUACUUCAACCCUUUGCCUGUGCCACCCCAAAAACAGAGACCAGGAGCAAUCCUUUUCGCAUGGGGCGCGGGAAACUUUGGUCAAUUCGGAAUGGGUCCCGACAUUAUCCACGAACUCUCAAAACCUAAACGCAAUGUUUGGGUUGAAGAGAAGAUAGAAGAUGGCGCUUUUGGCGAAGAUGGUGCUGGCCUUGAAUCUAUUGCUGCAGGUGGCCUUCAUAGUGUCCUUGUUGAUGAGAAAGGCACGAUUUGGACAUGCGGUGUUAACGACGAUGCUGCCCUUGGUCGUAUUACACAAAAUGUUCCCGAUCCUAAUAAUCCCGGGUCUUUCCUGAGUAUUGACGAACUGACAAGCAUCCCUCACCCGCUUCAAUCGCUAGCCGACGACAAUUUCCGGGCCGUAAAAGUUGUCACAGGCGAUAGUAUAUGCGCUGCACUUAGCACAGAUGGGGAACUCCGUGUAUGGGGCUCGUUCCGUGUCAAUGAAGGCUCUCUUGGCUUCUCCAAUGGCCUAAAACAUCAAUUUAAACCUGUACCGAUCCUUGAACUCAGCCAUAAACCUGGUGACACUGAAAAGGUGUCUUCCAUCGCUGCUGGGAACAAUCACCUCCUUGUUUUGACUACUCACGGUAGCAUUUACACGUGGGGUGCCAGCGAGCAAGCUCAGCUUGGCCGAAAAGUUCUCGAACGACGAAAGAUUCACGGUACGGUGCCCGAAAAAAUCACCCUUGGAAACCGUGCUCGAAAGGCGGUGACUGUUGGGGCCGGGGCAUACCAUUCAUUUGCUGUUGAUGACAAGGGUGAUGUCUGGGGCUGGGGAUUAAACAGCAUGGGUCAAACUGGAACGGGAUAUGAGUCCUCAGAUGACUCCCUAGUUCAGCUUCCCCAAAAGGUCGAACGAUUGAGCAAAGAAUCACUCGCCGGCGACGUCGUUGUUGAAAUUGUCGGUGGCGAACAUCACACCCUCUUCCUCACCUCCACUGGCCAAGUGUUUGCCUGUGGUCGUUGCAACGCUGGUCAACUUGGCCUUGCAGAAGAUGAUUCUGCCUUCCAGAACUAUCCUGAUCAGGACUUUAUCCCGGUACCAACCCGAAUCACUUUCCCGGACCCUGACGACCCCGUCGUUCAAAUUUCUGCUGGAAGCCAUAACAACUCUGCAGUCACAAAAGGUGGUGCCCUGUAUUCAUGGGGCCAGGGCAUCCAAGGAGAGCUGGGCGUUCAGGAAGAAGAAGUGCGCACCCCACGUGUCAUU